CAGCGCUCAUGUUCAGAGAUGUCGUGGCUCUCACAGAUCCAGAAGCACCGCUGAGAGGGUCUUAUUGUCAUUUCACAAAGUGGAAAGAGCCUCGUCCGCCUCUUUCAGACACUCCCUCCCAGAGGACGCGGGGAAGUAUUUUGACAAGGAGACCCGAGUCCUGGAGGCCCCGAUGACCAUAUGGGUGGCUGACCAGAGCAAGCCAGUGGAGUUCACCGUGCAUGCCAUAGUCACCACCUCGGACCUGGAGCUCGACCCCGCGGAGGUGGAUUUUGGCUACUGCACCAUCUACGAGGCCAUCAGGACGGAAAUCCGCCUCCACAACCACUCACUCCUGCCCCAGGAGUUUGGCUUCGUCAGGCUUCCCAAGUUUGUGGACAUCCAGCCCAAUGACGGGUUUGGGGCGAUCCUGCCCCUGGAAACGCUGCAGUUCGAUGUGAUCUUCCAGCCCACCAAGGCCAAGGAAUACAGCUUCGAGCUCAUCUGCAAGUCUGAGAUCAACCGGUGAGCCUGCCAGGGAGUGGGGUGCAGUGGGC